ACUUCGUUUCUUUCGCCCACUCCAUCACUCUGCGGAGCUUCCAAAGCAAAAACCAACAUUUUCCUCUUUGCUUUAUAAAACCAAAAAACACAAAGCUUUUUUUGCUUUCAGUUUCAUUUCUGGCUACACUCUUCUUCGCUUCUCAUUCUUCAUCUUCUAGACUCUUCGGAGCUGCCAUGGCUUCUAUCGCCGGAUCCAAUGUCGUUGCCUUCAAAUCCACCGCCAAAUUCGGCGGUUCCGUCGAUUGUAAUAAAUUCGCUCAUCAGUUUCGGCAAUGGUCUCCGGUUUGCGGCGGAGUCGGAUCGGGUCAGGCCCGGACUCGCAUCGGCGGCCUCCACUGCACAUCGAAUAGCUCGUUUUCUUCGUCUGGAGUAAGGGCUCAGGUUGCCACACUUGAACAAGCAAGCACUGGAGUAGCCCAAAAUGUGGAAGCUCCUGUGGUUAUUGUGACCGGUGCUUCGAGAGGCAUCGGUAGAGCAAUUGCAUUGUCAUUGGGAAAAGCUGGUUGUAAGGUCCUUGUUAAUUAUGCAAGGUCAUCAAAGGAAGCUGAGGAAGUCUCCAAAGAGAUUGAGGCAAAUGGUGGACAAGCCUUGACUUUUGGAGGGGAUGUUUCGAAAGAAGAAGAUGUUGAAGCAAUGAUUAAAACUGCAGUUGAUGCAUGGGGAACUGUUGAUGUUUUGAUAAACAAUGCAGGAAUUACUCGGGAUACUUUAUUGAUGAGAAUGAAGAAAUCUCAGUGGCAGGAGGUUAUUGAUCUGAAUCUCACAGGUGUAUUUCUCUGUACACAGGCAGCAGCAAAAAUUAUGAUGAAGAAAAAAAAGGGAAGGAUAGUCAAUAUAGCAUCAGUUGUUGGUCUGGUUGGCAAUGUAGGCCAAGCCAACUACAGUGCUGCAAAAGCAGGGGUAAUCGGCUUGACAAAGUCUGUUGCAAAGGAAUAUUCAAGCAGAAACAUCAACGUUAAUGCUGUUGCCCCAGGGUUCAUUGCAUCUGACAUGACAUCCAAGCUAGGGGAAGACAUUGAGAAGAAAAUUUUGGAGGCCAUCCCAUUAGGAAGGUAUGGCCAACCAGAAGAAGUUGCUGGACUGGUGGAGUUCUUGGCCAUUAAUCCUGCGGCCAGUUACAUUACCGGACAGGUAUUCACCAUUGAUGGAGGGAUGGUGAUGUAGGUCAGCUAUCCACUCUGCCUGAUUAAUCUCCAAGCAAAGCUUUUGAGCUCCACAUUUCAGACCAGUGGCACUGGAAUCCCAAAAUUCAAUUGCAUAUGCCAGUUUUUGUGAGAGCUUAUGCUAUAGUUGUGUUUUAAAAAUAAUACUUUAGCAAGUUUUGAAAGAAUUUUAAUUAAGCAUGUUAAUCAAAACCAGAUAAGUUGUGUGUAACACUAUUUCUUUUCGGCUGUGUUUUUCAUUGUGCAAAUGCAGUUUUUUAAAAACUCA